AGAAUACAAAACGCUCAAUCUGGGUAAGCUGGAUGAAGGGAGGCUGCGACAAUGAUGCGACUCGCUAAACGCACGACCACAGUUGCACCAAGUCGGGAAGAUGCCUCUACAUGGGUGUCUGGGUUGCACAUGCUCAUGGCAGAAGCUGAUAUCUCCGAGGGUGAUCCUGCAAAGCUGCAUUACAAUAUGAGCACUUGGCUGCGGCGGCAGUUCAAUGCAGCCGACACUUCGAACAACGGCACCUUGGACCUAGACGAAGUGACCGAUCUGAUGAGGAAGCUGAAUAUUCGCUUAUCGAAAAGCGAAAUUAAAAGUACAUUCAAGAUAGCCGAUGUGGGGAAGUUCGGAAGCUUGAAGUUUGCAGCUUUCGAAAGGCUGUACAGAGUCCUUCGGUUCAGACCGGAAGUCAGCGAGCUGUUCUCGGCGCUGUCACGCACGAAGCCAGCUCUGAUUACAUACGAGGAGUUCAAAGUCUUUGCUCAACAGACUCAAAAGAACGACUGGACGGACGAGCGAUGUUACGAGGUUUACAGCAAAUAUGCGGGGGCGAACAGCCAAGAAAUGAAUGUGGAUCAUUUCAGCGCAUUUCUUCUCGCGUCAACCAACUCCAUCUUCAACAAGACGCAUAACCAUGUCUUUCAAGAUAUGAGCCGGCCGAUGACGGAUUACUUUAUUAACACAUCGCACAACACCUACCUGCUCAAAGAUCAGUUGGCGGGAGAGAGCUCUGUGGAGGGAUAUAUCCGAGCGCUUCAGAGGGGUUGUCGAUGCGUUGAGUUGGACUGCUUCGAUGGCAACAACGGGCAACCCGUUAUAUACCACGGCAUGACUUUGGUGGGCAAGCUACUCUUCAAGGACGUCAUCGAAGCUAUCGGCAAAUAUGCGUUCGUCGCGACGCCAUACCCCCUGAUUUUGAGCUUAGAGUCGCAAUGUGGGCCUGAACAGCAGGCUGCAAUGGCCAACAUCCUCCGUGAAUACUUGGGCGACUAUCUUCUUCAGCGACCUUUGGUUGAGAACGCGACGAGUCUGCCAUCGCCGGAGGAUCUGAAGAACAAGAUCAUCAUCAAGGGGAAGAUUCUUGCGUCGGGGAAGUCUGAGAUGGAGUACGAGACGGAGGAUGAAGAAGAAGUGUUAUCUCCAGGAGUAGCAACGAGCCCUCUAGCUCAGGUGUCUAAUCUGGUAGACAGCGGUACAGCGCCAACGUUGGUGCGAAAGCCAACCACUCGAAAGUCUCGGAAUUCGCAAGGUGCCGAGGAGUCAGCGGAAGCGGCGGCGCAGCGAAAGCGAGCCGGCAAGGAGGAACCGGGACUUGCGCGGAAGAAGUCCUCCCCGAAAUUGUCGCGGAAGCACAUUGUCGCCAAACCCUUGUUGGAACUGUUGGUAUACUGCCAAGGAGUGUCGUUCGAGUCCUUUGCGGCUGCAGCAGAGCUCUUUCUCUUCAAUCACAUGUGUUCACUGUCAGAGAAAAAGUCGAUAGCCCUGAUCCAGCGUCAACGAGCCGAGUACAUCGCCUUCACUAAGCGAUCGCUAACUCGUAUAUACCCCGCUGGAACCCGAGUCACUUCGACAAACUACGACCCUAUACCCCACUGGGCCGUCGGGGCGCAGAUGGUUGCGAUGAACUACCAAACAUUCGACAAAGGAAUGCAGCUGAAUACUGGACUGUUCAGCCUUAACGGCCGCUGCGGUUACGUCCUGAAACCGACAGCGUUGAGGAACAAAGCGGGGCCGAAGCCAGAUCCCAUAUCGCUGACGAUCAAGAUCAUAUCCGGCCAGCAACUGCCAAAACCGAAGGACAGCACUGGCAAAACGGUCAUUGAUCCUUAUGUGGAGUUAGAGAUUGCGGGCGGUGAUACGGACUGUAUCAAGUACAGGACUAAAGCGAUCAACAAUAAUGGCUUCAACCCUAUGUGGAAAGAAGAAUUCCGGUUUAACAUCGCUGAUCCUGAGAUGGCUCUGCUGAGAUUCUCCAUCUUCGACAUGGACGUCAAAAUGACCAAUGACUUCAUUGGCUCUUAUACUAUACCAAUACAGAGUCUCGAACAAGGCUACCGCCACGUUCCGGUGUACAACUGGAAAGGCGAUCUCAUCCGCUUCUCGACGCUAUUCAUCUACGUCCGCAUUAUAUCCGUCCCCUCGACGAAGUCCUCGUCUUCGACAGCACCACCGACGGCGGCAUUACAGUUUGGAAAUCCGUUAGCAGGGACAAGCGAGCCCGCACAAUUGACCACCGCCGUCGUCGGGAAUCCCGUACCUACCACAGGGACUACCACCACUCAACCGCAACAAGCCAACGGGCUCAUUGGCACCGUCUACGCGCGGUGACAUUUCCACCGAUUUUCAUAUGGUGGAAGAUCCACAGUUGGACGAAGAUAUGAGCCCGUUUUCAACAUCAAUGUUGCAGUAGAUGACAUGCAUAUUGCCCUGGGCUUUUCCCAUCCACGUUAUCCUGUAUAUAGUCAUGCAGCUAUUCAUUGUGUACAUAAUUCUGAAUCAUCGGUCGCAAGGUUAUCAACACAACAAGAGAGGAAACAACGCAUGGCCUACGGUCUCCGUCCGCCUCCACAUACUUGGAAUGGAUAUGAAGUAUG